UUCAACACGCGAUGGAGGCUUCCGGAGAAGCACGGUGGAGGUCCCCCCGUAGCUGUGAUGACUACUGGAGCGAGUUCACACACUGCAGGAGUUUAUGGAACCGUUUCCACUACUAUUACACGUAUGGCGCUUCCCCAACCUGCCAGCAGUGGAAACAGGACUACUCCAGUUGUAGAGAGUGGGAGAAACACAGAAGCACCGAGGCCAAGGAGGCAUUAAAAAACAGUGAAAGGAAAAGGGUGGAGCAACAGAAAAAGUUCAUCCCAGUCUGGGAACUGAGACGAGACCCACCAAGAGACUGGCAUAUGCCCCUAAACCAGGAGAGUCCUCAAGAUUCCUGAAG